AUGGCCGAGAAUCAACUUACCAAGUAUCGCGGCAACUGCCAUUGUACCGCGUAUGUGUUCGAAGUUGACCUUCCGGGGGAUAUCGAAAAUGGCUUGCAGUGCAGUUGCAGCUACUGCUGUAAGAGAGGCGCCGUUUUCCUGGCCCCAAACAAUAACAACGACAUCAAGUUCGUGAAGGGUGAUCCGGCCGCGCUAUCAAACUACAACUUCGGAGGCGUCAAGCAUCAGAACGCGUACUGCUGGAUCUACCCCAACAAGCCACAAGUCACCAUCGUAGGAGCUGCAGAAAUGAGAUACUAUUCCUUCGGCGGUGGCGUGUGGCGCAAGUCGUUCUGUCGGACCUGCGGGGUGCCGGUACAUAAUCGCAUCGAGGACUACACGCCGGCGCAGAUCGAGGAGUUGCCUGUCGAGCAGCAGCAGUGGGCCCGGGAUCAUCUCGACUGGUCGCCGGUCAACCUGCGGGUUAUGGACGGAAUCGAUUUAGGCGAGCUGAAGAUCAAGCGUAUUGAUGGGUCGACAAGGUCUGGACCACCGAAACCGGGUAGUUACGUGGAUCCUUGA